AUGGCUAAUACAAAGAAUGCCACCGUUGGAAGUGCCCUUAUUCAAGUCAGAGCCAUGGACGAGGACGUGGGUCUAAAUGGGGCGAUACGGUACCGUUUGAAAGCUGACCCAGCAGGUCACUGGAAGACGUUUGAAUUGCAACCUCUGUCGGGUAUAUUGGAGCUCCGAUUGCCGUUAGAUCGGAAAAGGCAAAAAAUAUAUGAUGUAAGUUUAAAAAAGCAAUUUUUGGUCACCCAAAAAUGCUUAAAAUAUGGUAUUACAUUCACCCCCCCAACUCACUUGAGUACAAGAACGUAUGGCUGGCCCCAUCUGCAUCGCCUUACACUGAUCUCCCAGACUUAUUUCUACCAACUUUCAGUCCUCUUGCGUAUCCCGCAACCGCAGUGUUUGGUGGAUCCGAAUUUUCACCCCUGCAGUAAAUCUCUUUUAGAAGGUCGUGGAAGACAGUUUCGAUGGUUAGGGCCCCUCCCGGAAUUUUGUCGCCGGGCCGAGCCAUACGCCCAAUUUAGGCUAGUGUAG